CACGCCGGCCCCGCCAUGGUCUCGGCUCCGCGCUGCCCGCCCGGCGCCCGGGGGCUCCUGGCGCUGCUGCUGCUGCUGCUGCCCCUGCCCGGGGCUCGCGGUCAGUGUGGGGCCCCUCCAAGGCUCAGUCGUGCCAUCCCCUAUGAUACCAGUCGCACAGAGGGCUUCCCUAUCGGCACAGAAGUGACCUACAGGUGCCUUGAUGGCUUUGUUAAAAUCCCUGGAAAGUCAGACACUGUCGUUUGCCUUUCAAACUCAGAGUGGUCAGCCAUUGGAGAGUUUUGUAGUGGUGGCUGUGGUGCCCCACCAAGGUUAAAAUCUGCUACCUUAAGCAAGAAAGAUGGGCAGAAGAAUUACUCUCCUUCUGGGAGCACUGUGAGUUAUGUCUGUCGCCCAGGAUAUGAGAGCACCCAAGUGAAACCUGUCAUUACUUGUCUUGAGAAUUUAAGAUGGUCAGAAGCCCCUGAGAUCUGUAGAGCGAAAUCGUGUGGUGUUCCAAAAGGACCAGAGCAUGGCAGAGCUGUUGUUCUAACCAAUGACCUGUAUGGUGCAAGAGCAAACAUCAUUUGUGAUGAAGGGUUCAGAUUACAUGGACGGACUUUCAUCCAAUGUUUGCUGAAGGGAGAUCAAGUUGAAUGGAGUCAACUUCCAACUUGUCAAGUGGUUACUUGUUCUCCUCCUCCUAAUGUUACCAAUGGGAUGCACAAUGGCAGCAACGUGGAAAUCUUUGUCUAUAACUCAUCAGUAACUUACAAAUGUGACCAGGGCUUCUCUCUUAUUGGAGAGGCUUCCAUUCAGUGUACAACUAAAUAUAACAUCAAUGGAGUCUGGAAUGGGUCUGCCCCUGAAUGCAAAGCAAUACCUUGUCCUCCACCUCCUGAUAUCACCCAUGGAUCCCAUACUGGUCAGAGUGAACAAGAGUUUUCCUUUGGCUCAGCGGUAACUUACAAAUGUGACCAGGGCUUCUCUCUUAUUGGAGAGGCCUCGAUUCAUUGUACAACGAAAGAUAAUGUCAAUGGAGAGUGGAGUGGGCCUGCCCCUGAAUGCAAAGGUCAGUGUGGGGCCCCGCCAAGCCUCAGUCGUGCCAGCCCCCAUGAUACGAGUUGCACAGAGGGCUGCCCUAUCGGCACAGAAGUGACCUACAGGUGCCUUAAUGGCUUUGUUAAAAUCCCUGGAAAGUCAGACACUGUCGUUUGCCUUUCAAACGCAGAGUGGUCAAACUUUGGAGAGUUUUGUAAUGGUAGCUGUGGUGCCCCACCAAGGUUAAAAUCUGCUACCUUAAGCAAGGAAGAUGGGCAGAAGAAUUACUGUCCUCCUGGGAGCACUGUGAGUUAUGUCUGUCGCCCAGGAUAUGAGAGCACCGAAGUGAAACCUGUCAUUACUUGUCUUGAGAAUUUAACAUGGUCAGAAGCCCCUGAGUUCUGUAGAGGGAAAUCGUGUGGCGUUCCAAAAGGACCAGAGCAUGGCAGAGCUGUUCUUAUAACCAAUGACCUGUGUGGUGCAAGAGCAAACAUCAUUUGUGAUGACGGGUUCAGAUUACAUGGGCGGUCUUUCAUCCUGUGUUUGCCGAAGGGAGAUCAAGUUGAAUGGAGUCAACUUCCAACUUGUCAAGAUCGGUGUUGGCCCCCAGGAAGGCGCCGCCGUGAUACUGAUAGCUGCGGUGGUGGCUCUGUUAAAAGCCUUGGCACUUGUGAUUCUCCUCCAAGUUUGAGUUUUGCUGAGCUGCCUGGGGCAGUGAACAAUUCCUAUCCUGUUGGGACCAAACUGAAAUGCUCCUGUCGCCCAGGAUACGUUUUGCGCUCUGGAAAGUCUCCUUUAGUUACAUGUCUUGCAAAUUCAACGUGGUCAGUAGACCCUGAGUUUUGUGUAGCAAUACCUUGUCGUCCACCUCCUGAUAUCACCCAUGGAUCCCAUACUGGUCAGCAUGAACAAGAGUUUUCCUUUGGCUCAGCGGUAACUUACAAAUGUGACCAGGGCUUCUCUCUUAUUGGAGAGGCCUCCAUUCAUUGUACAACGAAAGAUAACGUCAAUGGAGAGUGGAGUGGGCCUGCCCCUGAAUGCAAAGGAAUACCAUGUAAACAACUAGAACUAGAAAAUGGCAGGGUUCAUUUAAAGGAUCGCCAGGUUGGUGCAACAGCAAACUUCUCCUGUGAUGAAGGGUACAGAUUAAUUGGAACGACUUCUGCCCAAUGUGUGGUUGCGGAAAAUGGAGUUAAUUGGGAUAAGGAGCUUCCACAUUGCCAAGCAAUACCUUGUCUUCCACCUCCUGAUAUUGCCAAUGGAUCCCAUACCGGUCAGAGUGAACAAGAGUUUUCCUUUGGCUCAGCGGUAACUUACAAAUGUGACAAGGGCUUCUCUCUUAUUGGAAAGGCCUCCACUCAUUGUACAACGAAAGAUAACGUCAAUGGAGAGUGGAGUGGGCCUGCCCCUGAAUGCAAAGCAAUACCUUGUCCUCCACCUCCUGAUAUUGCCAAUGGAUCCCAUACUGGUCAGAGUGAACAAGAGUUUUCCUUUGGCUCAGCGGUAACUUACAAAUGUGACAAGGGCUUCUCUCUUAUUGGAGAGGCCUCCAUUCAUUGUACAAUGAAAGAUAAUGUCAAUGGAGAGUGGAGUGGGCCUGCCCCUGAAUGCAAAGCAAUACCUUGUCCUCCACCUCCUGAUAUCACCCAUGGAUCCCAUACUGGUCAGAGUGAACAAGAGUUUUCCUUUGGCUCAGUGGUAACUUACAAAUGUGACCAGGGCUUCUCUCUUAUUGGAGAGGCCUCCAUUCAUUGUACAACGAAAGAUAACGUCAAUGGAGAGUGGAGUGGGCCUGCCCCUGAAUGCAAAGCAAUACCUUGUCUUCCACCUCCUGAUAUCACCAGUGGAUCCCAUACUGGUCAGAGUGAACAAGAGUUUUCCUUUGGCUCAGCGGUAACUUACAAAUGUGACCAGGGCUUCUCUCUUAUUGGAGAGGCCUCCAUUCAUUGUACAACGAAAGAUAACAUCAAUGGAGAGUGGAGUGGCCCUGCCCCUGAAUGCAAAGGCAUUUGUGAUUCUCCUCCAAGAUUGAGUUUUGCUGAGCUGCCUGCGACAGUGAACGAUUCCUACCCUGUUGGGACCAAACUGAAAUACUCCUGUCGCCCAGGAUACGUUUUGGGCUCUGGAAAGUCUCCUUUAGUUGUAUGUCUUGCAAAUUCAACAUGGUCAGUAGACCCUGAGUUUUGUGUUGGAAGACUGUGUAAACAACUAGAACUAGAAAAUGGCAGGGUUGAUUUAACCGAUCUCCGGUUUGGUGCAACAGCAACCUUCUCGUGUGAUGAAGGGUACAGAUUAAUUGGAACGAUUUCUGCCCAAUGUGUGGUUGUGGGAAAUGGAGUUAAUUGGGAUAAGAGGCUUCCACAUUGCCAAGCAAUACCUUGUCUUCCACCUCCUGAUAUUGCCAAUGGAUCCCAUACUGGUCAGAGUGAACAAGAGUUUUCCUUUGGCUCAGCAGUAACUUACAAAUGUGACCAGGGCUUCUCUCUUAUUGGAGAGGCCUCCAUUCAUUGUACAACAAAAGAUAACGUCAAUGGAGAGUGGAGUGGGCCUGCCCCUGAAUGCAAAGGUCAGUGUGGGGCCCCGCCAAGGCUCAUUCGUGCCGUCCCCCAUGAUACCAGUUGCACAGAGGGCUGCCCUAUCGGCACACAAGUGACCUACAGGUGCCGUGAUGGCUUUGUUAAAAUCCCUGGAAAGUCAGACACUGUCGUUUGCCUUUCAAACCUAGAAUGGUCAGCCAUUGGAGAGUUUUGUAGUGAUGGCUGUGGUGCCCUACCACGGUUAAAAUCUGCUACCUUAAGCAAGGAAGAUGGGCAGAAGAAUUACAGUCCUCCUGGGAGCACUGUGACUUAUGAGUGUCGCCCAGGAUAUGAGAGCACCGAAGUGAAACCUGUCAUUACUUGUCUUGAGAAUUUAACAUGGUCAGAAGCCCCUGAGUUCUGUAGAGGGAAAUCGUGUGGUGUUCCAAAAGGACCAGAGCAUGGCAGAGCUGUUGUUCUAACCAAUGACCUGUAUGGUGCAAGGGCAAACGUCAUUUGUGAUAAAGGGUUCAGAUUACAUGGACGGACUUUCAUCCAAUGUUUGCUGAAGGGAGAUCAAGUUGAAUGGAGUCAACUUCCAACUUGUCAAGGGAAAUCGUGUGGUGUUCCAAAAGGACCAGAGCAUGGCAGAGCUGUUGUUCUAACCAAUGACCUGUAUGGUGCAAGAGCAAACGUCAUUUGUGAUGAAGGGUUCAGAUUACAUGGACGGACUUUCAUCCAAUGUUUGCUGAAGGGAGAUCAAGUUGAAUGGAGUCAACUUCCAACUUGUCAAGCGAUUACUUGUUCUCCUCCUCCUAAUAUUACCAAUGGGAUGCACAAUGGCAGCAACGUGGAAAUCUUUGUCUAUAACUCAUCGGUAACUUACAAAUGUGACCAUAAUUUCUCACUUAUUGGAGAGGCCUCCAUUCACUGUACAACUAAAGAUAACAUCAAUGGAGUCUGGAAUGGGUCUGCCCCUGAAUGCAAAGGCCCUUGUGAUUCUCCUCCAAGAUUGAGUUUUGCUGAGCUGCCUGGGGUAGUGAACAAUUCCUAUCCUGUUGGGACCGAACUGAAAUACUCCUGUCGCCCAGGAUACGUUUUGGGCUCUGAAAAGUCUCCUUUAGUUACAUGUCUUGCAAAUUCAACAUGGUCAGUAGACCCUGAGAUUUGUGUAGGAAUACCAUGUAAACAACUAGAACUAGAAAAUGGCAGGGUUCAUUUAACGGAUCACCGGGUUGGUGCAACAGCAACCUUCUCCUGUAAUGAAGGGUACAGAUUAAUUGGAACGACUUCUGCCCAAUGUGUGGUUGCGGAAAAUGGAGUUAAUUGGGAUAAGGACCUUCCACAUUGCCAAGCAAUACCUUGUCAUCCACCUCCUGAUAUUGCCAAUGGAUCCCAUACCGGUCAGAGUGAACAAGAGUUUUCCUUUGGCUCAGCGGUAACUUACAAAUGUGACAAGGGCUACUCUCUUAUUGGAGAGGCCUCCAUUCAUUGUACAACGAAAGAUAACGUCAAUGGAGAGUGGAGUGGGCCUGUCCCUAAAUGCAAAGCAAUACCUUGUCGUCCACCUCCUGAUAUCACCCAUGGAUCCCAUACUGGUCAGAGUGAACAAGAGCUUUCCUUUGGCUCAGCGGUAACUUACAAAUGUGACCAGGGCUUCUGUCUUAUUCGAGAGGCCUCCAUUCAUUGUACAACGAAAGAUAACGUCAAUGGAGAGUGGAGUGGGCCUGUCCCUGAAUGCAAAGUCAUAAUUACCCAGAACAAACCCACAACUGUCCCUCCCGAAGGAGCAGAAGUAACUGGCACUUCCUCAGUCAUAAUUACCCAGGACAAACCCACAACUGUUCCUCCCGAAAGAGCAGAAGUAGCUGGUACUUCCUCAGAUUCUGCGCUGAACACUGCUGGCAACUCUGCUGAGCCUGAAGUUGAAGUCAUAAUUACCCAGGACAAACCCACAACUGUUCCUCCCGAAAGAGCAGAAGUAGCUGGUACUUCCUCAGGGCCUGGCAUUGAUACAUACAUCAUCGGUAUUAUCAUCGCCGUCAUCCUCAUUGUCAUCCUCGUCGGUAUCGGCAACAUCGUUUUUACAGUGUAAAUCCGGGUUCCCCAAAGCAUCAGAUUACCACAGAACAUGAUUCCCAUCUGAAUGAAUCAAAAUGUAAUUUGAUCUUCAAAGUAUAAAUGACUGAUGCUGGCUGAUGUCUAUGGUUUACACAUUAACAGACAUUGGAAGAAAAUCAUGGAAAAGUUAGGAGAUAAAUGUCAUACAUUUGUACUGAAGUUUCUGUAGUGAAAAUAGACCCCCUCUCAGGUAACUGCUGUUAAUUUCACUACAACUUCUUUCCUCUGUUGAGCUGGACUUGUAGCAGGAAUCCACUGCAUUUGAGUAAAGCAGAAAGACCAGAGGUGGAUCAUUGCUCUUGCCCUUGAAAAUGGCUUCUGAAGCAAGCAAGGCAUUUGGCAGCAUGAAAAUUGCUUGGUCUUCUGAACAUGCAGCUUGUUCCUUAUUCAGCCUCUCCAUAGUGCUAAAUCUUUCCCCUUAAAGAACAUAGUCACCAUCAGAGCGUGGCAUGGUUUGGAUUGUGAGUUGUGGCUGUAACUGCAGGCAGCAAGAGAGCCUGUUCAGAUCCCUACUUACAAGCUUCCAUAAUGGAGUGUGUAUUACUCUUUAAGCACAAAUUUAAAGAUGCCAGACACUAGGUGGAAUGUCGUAGAUUCUUCAUAAAAACAUCCAUUCUGGGUCAGACCAAUGUUCCAUCUAGCAAGGUGCUUCAAAGGGAAUGAACAGAACAGGGCAGUUAUCAAGUGACACGUCAUCCCGUCGGCCAGUCCCAGUUUCUGGCCAUCAGAGAGUAGAGACACUGAGAGCCUGGGGUUGUAUCCCUGGCCAUCUUGGCUAUCCUCCAUGUACUUAUCUCAUUCUUUUUUUUUAAACCCAGUUAUAGUUUUGGCUUUCAUGUGACCUUUCUUCAGAUUUACUCUCCAUCUACAGAUUUUUUUUUACAUGAUACUACAGAAAAAAGCCAAUUGUUGUUACCUGCUCCACAAUGUGUAUUCUUACCACAAGCUUGAUAUCUAGUGUGUCUCCCUUAAGAGAAAAUUAAAAGUAUUGUGAUUU